UUUCUUUGUUUUUACAAAUUCUGGUUUUUCUGGUUUUGCUCUCAAGUUGUUUUACAAAAUUAUUAAAUUCUGAUCUUCUUUCAAGUUUACAAUUUUUGUAUAUUUUACGUUUAUUUUGUAAAUUGUUUUCUUUUUUUAAAUUAUUUAUUCUACCUUAAGCCUUUUAGCUUCUUCAUGUGCUUUUUCUAUAUAUAAUUUUCAUUUUUUACCCCUAUGCCUUUAUAUUGUUUUUUAAUUAUUAUUUAUUUAAUUAUUGUUACUUGUCCAAAAUCCCAGCUUUUUUUCCCUCAUUUUUAAUUGUAAAUUUAUUUCCCUUUUUGUUUUUAUUAAAUGCCAAAGUGGUCACAAUGCGCGUUUCUUCGGCUUUCACGUUUAUGGGAACCUGAUGUAUGGUUAGACGCUGCUACACAAAUUUUUUAUUCUAUGGGUCUUGGAUUUGGAGGAUUAAUAGCUUUUGCUUCCUACAAUCCAGUUAAAAAUAAUUGUAAAAGGGAUGUCCUCAAAAUGUCGUUAGCCAACCUUUUAACUUCUCUCUACACAGCUUUUGUUAUUUUUUGUGUUUUGGGAUAUAUGGGAAGAAAAAAUUUUAAUUCCUGUAUUGAAAAGGAUAUGUCUUUAAUUCUUAAAGUUGCUCCAGGACUUUAUAAAAAUAUGGAAGAAAUUAAUGGGAAUAUUACAAUGGAAGAGUAA